GAGAGGAAGAGGAAGAUAGAGAGGAAGACAGAGAGGAAGAUAGAGAGGAAGAUAGAGAGGAAGACGGUGUCGAAGAGAGUUUAUUCUCUGGAGACAGCGGCGUGUGACCGGAGAAACAGAAGCAGGAGCGUGAAUCUGCGGGUUUCUGGCCCCGCAGAGUCUCAUCAGAGCCCCUAACCCGCAGAGCCGGAGCGAGCGGGCGGCGGCCGGCCAGCAGUCCUGCACGGCGGCGGCUGCAGACAUGUCCGUGUUCACACAGCUGGGCCUGCUGCUGUGGAAGAACUUCACCUACAGACGCCGACAGACGCUCCAGCUGCUGGUGGAGAUCAUCUGGCCGCUCUUCAUCUUCUUCAUCCUCAUCGCUGUGCGGCUCAACUACCCCCCCUAUGAGCAGCAUGAGUGUCACUUCCCCAACAAGGCCAUGCCGUCGGCGGGAACGUUGCCGUGGAUUCAGGGGAUCCUCUGCAACGCCAACAACCCGUGCUUCAGGAACCCGACGCCGGGCGAGUCGCCGGGCGUCGUCGGAAACUUCAACGACUCCAUAAUUUCCCGCCUGUUUUCAGAUGCCAAGAAGAUUUUGCUCUACAGCCAGAACGACCGAAACCUGGAGGGCUUCAAGGAGCUGGCCCGGACCCUGGAGGUUCUGCAGAGCAGCCGCUCAGGUUUCAAGCUGAAGCAUUUCCUGCGAGACAACGAGACGCUUUCCAACUUCCUGCAGAGGAACGCCUCGCUGUCCCGACACGCCGCCCUGCAGAUCGCCGAGGCCGACGUUGACCUGGAGCAGGUCGUCCUCAGAGGCUGGGGCGUCCACCUGAGGGACAUGUGUCCCCGCAGCGGCGGGACGGCCGACAUGAAGGACUUCGUCGCCAUCGGAGACCAGCAGGUGGCGGUGCAGGUGCAGGAAAUCCUCUGCCAGGCUCCGCCCACCUGGCUGGACCAAGCCGAGCAGAACUUCAUGAGCAACCUGGACUUCUUUAAACCCAUCCGGAGGGACGUCCGGUCGGACCCGGAAGCCGUCCAGAAGGUCGCCGGCGCCAUCAACAACCUCCUGGUCAGUCUGGGUUCUCUGGCCGUCGAGCUGGCCGGGAUGAAGAGCUGGGUGGACCUGCGGAACGAGAUCGUGUUCCUGACGCGGAACGCCACGGCGUCGCCCAGCGUCCUCUACAAGGCCGUCUCCAGGAUCGUGUGCGGCCACCCGGAGGGCGGCGGCCUGCAGAUCAAAUCCCUCAACUGGUACGAAGACAGCAACUACAAGGCUCUGUUCGGCAACCACAACGGCAGCGAGGACGCCGCCGCCGCGCUCUACGACAACUCCUCCACUCCGUUUUGCAACAACCUGGUCCAGAACUUGGACUCCAACCCGAUGUCCCGGAUGAUCUGGCAGGCCCUGAAGCCUCUGCUGUUGGGGAAGAUCCUGUACACCCCCAACACUCCGGCCACCCAGAGGAUCAUCCACGAGGUGAACCGGACCUUCCAGGAGCUCGGUGUGUUCAGGGACCUGGGCGGCAUGUGGGAGGAGAUGAGACCCAAAGUGUGGGACUUCAUGGAGAACAGCCAGCAAAUGGAUGUAAUCAGGACUCUGCUGAAGAACAACAUCACCGCCAGCUUCUUCCACGCUCAGCUGGCCGGCACCGAUUGGACCGUGGCCGACGUCACCAACUUCCUGUCCAAGCAGCCGGCAGAACUGCCCGGUGGCGCCCUCACCUGGAGGGAGGUGUUCAAUGAGACCGACCAAGCCAUCAUGAGCAUUUCUCACUUCAUGGAGUGUGUGAACUUGGACAAGCUGGAACCAGUGUCCACUGAGGAGCGGCUCGUCAACCGCUCCAUGGUUCUGCUGGAGGACCGGAAGUUCUGGGCCGGGAUCGUUUUCCCCGACAUCGGACCCAACGCCACCGAGCUGCCGCCAAAGGUCAACUACAAGCUGCGCAUGGACAUCGACAACGUGGAGCGGACCAACAAGAUCAAAGACGCUUACUGGGACCCGGGUCCUCGGGCCGACCCGUUUGAGGACAUGCGAUACAUCUGGGGCGGGUUCUUGUACCUGCAGGAUGUCAUUGAGCAAGGCAUCGUCAGAGCGCUGACCGGCAUCAAGGAGAAGACCGGCGUCUACAUCCAGCAGAUGCCUUAUCCGUGCUACGUGGACGACAUCUUCCUGCGGGUGAUGAGCCGCUCCAUGCCGCUCUUCAUGACGCUGGCCUGGAUGUACUCGGUGUCCAUCAUCCUGAAGAGCGUGGUGUAUGAGAAGGAAGCGCGGCUGAAGGAGACCAUGAGGAUCAUGGGCCUGGACAACGGCAUCCUGUGGUUGAGCUGGUUCAUCAGCAGCCUGGUUCCGCUGCUCAUCAGCGCCGCACUGCUGGUUCUGGUUCUGAAGAAGGGGAACCUGCUGCCCUACAGCGACCCUGGCAUCAUCUUCGUCUUCCUGGGAUCGUACGCCGUGGUCACCAUCAUGCAGUGCUUCCUCAUCAGCACCGUGUUCGCUCGCGCCAACCUGGCCGCUGCCUGCGGAGGCAUCAUCUACUUCACCCUCUACUUGCCCUACGUCCUCUGCGUUGCCUGGCAGGACUACAUCGGAUACGGAGUCAAAGUGUUUGCUAGCCUGCUGUCCCCCGUGACCUUUGGCUUUGGCUGUGAGUACUUUGCGCUGUUUGAGGAGCAGGGAGUCGGGAUCCAGUGGAAGAACCUGGUGUCGAGUCCUCUUCAGGAAGAUGAGUUCAGCCUGCGCACCACCAUCAUCAUGAUGUACUUUGACUCCUUCCUGUACGGAGUCCUCACCUGGUACAUCGAGGCCGUGUUUCCAGGUCAGUACGGCAUCCCUCGGCCCUGGUACUUCCCCUUCUCCAAGUCCUACUGGUUUGGAGAGGAGGGGAAAUCCAACAAGCUUCCACUGAACCGGAAAGGAAACGCUGCAGCUGUGUGUGUGGAGGAAGAGCCGGCCCACUUGGAGCCGGGAGUCUACAUCGAGAACCUGGUGAAGGUUUACCGUCACGGAAGGAAACUGGCCGUGGACGGACUGACUCUGGGAUUCUACGAGGGACAAAUCACCUCCUUUCUGGGACACAACGGCGCUGGAAAGACCACCACAAUGUCCAUCCUGACCGGCCUGUUCCCGCCGACCUCCGGCACCGCCUACAUCCUGGGGAAGGACAUCCGGACAGAUCUGAGCGCCAUCAGGCAAAGCCUGGGCGUCUGUCCUCAGCACAACGUCCUCUUCAGCAUGCUGACGGUGGAGGAGCACAUCUGGUUCUACGCGCGGCUCAAAGGGCUGUCAGAGGAGCAGGUGUCAGCUGAGAUCGAGCACAUCCUGCAGGACACGGGGCUGCCUCACAAGCGGUGCUCCAGGACCAGCACGCUGUCCGGCGGCAUGCAGAGGAAGCUGUCGGUCGCCCUGGCCUUCGUCGGGGGGGCCAAGGUGGUGAUCCUGGACGAGCCCACGGCCGGAGUCGACCCCUACGCCCGCAGAGGCAUCUGGGACCUGCUGCUGAAGUACCGGCAGGGCCGGACCAUCAUCCUGUCCACCCACCACAUGGACGAGGCGGACAUCCUGGGGGACCGCAUCGCCAUCAUCUCCCACGGCAAGCUGUGCUGCGUGGGCUCGUCUCUGUACCUGAAGACGCAGCUGGGGACGGGAUACUACCUGACGCUGGUGAAGAAGGAGGCGGAGCCGUCGCUCAGCUCCUGCAGGAACUCGUCCAGCACCGUGUCCUUCACCAAGAAGGACGAGGAGAGCGCUUCGGUCAGCAGCAGCGACGCCGGACUCGGCAGCGACCAUGAAAGUGAGGCAGCCGCCAUCGACCACGCCGCCGCCAUCUGCACGCCGCCGGACUCGUCCUCGGUCUCCGGCCUGAUCCAGCGCCACGUCCCGGCCGCCCGGCUGGUGGAGGACCUGGGACACGAGCUGACCUACGUCCUGCCAUACAGCGCCGCCAAGGACGGCGCCUUCGUAGCGCUCUUCAGAGAGCUGGACCUGAAGCUGCAGGAGCUGGGCAUCUCCAGCUACGGCGUGUCCGACACCACACUGGAGGAGAUUUUCCUGAAAGUGGCUGAAGAUAAUGGAGUGGACACUGAAGUACCCUCAGAUGGGACACUUCCUGUUUGGCGGCGCAGGAGGACUCACGCCUUCGGAGGCGGCGACCAUCAGAGCUGCCUGAGGCCAAACACCGAGGACGACAACGACUGCAACGACUCCGAUGGAGACGCCGACUGCAGGGAGACGGACUGGCUGGGCGGCGCUGAGGGGAAAGGUUCGGUCCAGGUGACGGGUUGGAGCCUGAAGAGGCAGCAGUUUGUGGCACUGAUGUGGAAGCGCUUCCUGUAUGCCCGGCGCUCCAGGAAGGGCUUCUUUGCUCAGAUCGUCCUUCCGGCCGUGUUCGUCUGCAUCGCCCUGGUCUUCAGCCUCAUCGUCCCUCCGUUCGGGAAGUACCCCAGCCUGGAGCUGCAGCCCUGGAUGUACGAGGAACAGGUGACCUUCUUCAGCAGCGAUGACGCUCCAGGGGACGCCAACAUGCAGAAGUUAUUGAGCGCUCUGUUGGACCCACCGGGCUUCGGGACGCGCUGCAUGGACGGGUACUCCAUCCGGGAGGCGCCCUGCACCAUGGGGGACGAUGACUGGAGCACCCCCCCGGUCCCUGACAGCGUCAAGCAGCUGUUCAGCUCCAGGAACUGGACCAUGGAGCAUCCAUCACCGGCCUGCUCCUGCACCUGCGACGGCAGGAAGAGGAUGCUGCCUGACUGCCCGGCAGGAGCCGGCGGUCUGCCGCCGCCUGAGAUGAAGCUGAGCAGCUCAGACACUCUGCAGAACCUGACAGGACGGAAUGUCUCGGACUACCUGGUGAAGACGUACGCUGACAUCAUCGGGAAGAGCCUGAAGAACAAAGUGUGGGUCAACGAGUUCAGAUACGGAGGCUUCUCAUUGGGCGCCAGGAGCACACAGGUCCUUCCUGCAGCCAAUGAGGUCGACGACGCCAUCGAGAGAGUCCGAAAGGUUUUUGAGUUACAGAAGGGUUCUGCUGCAGACCGGUUCCUGGACAAUCUGUCCGGCUUCAUCAACGGGCUGGACACCAAGAACAACGUGAAGAUCUGGUUCAACAACAAAGGUUGGCACAGUGUGACUGCCUUCAUCAACGUAUUGAGCAACGGCGUCCUGAGAGCCAACCUGCCGCCAGGUGCGGAGCCCGGUCGCUACGGCAUCACUUCCUUCAACCACCCGCUCAACCUGACCAAGGAGCAGCUGUCCCAGGUGGCGCUGGUAACGACCUCGGUGGAUGUCCUGGUGUCCAUCUGCGUGAUCUUCGCCAUGUCCUUCGUCCCGGCCAGCUUCGUAGUCUUCCUCAUCCAGGAGCGAGUCAGCAAAGCCAAACAUAUGCAGUUCAUCAGCGGCGUGCAUCCGCUGCUCUACUGGCUGGCCAACUUCACCUGGGACAUGUGCAACUACUGCGUCCCGGCAACACUCGUCAUCCUCAUCUUCAUCUGCUUCCAGCAGAAAGCCUAUGUCUCCUCCAGCAACCUGCCGGUUCUGGCAUUGCUGCUGCUGCUCUACGGCUGGUCCAUCACGCCCCUCAUGUACCCGGCCUCCUUCUUCUUCAAGAUCCCCAGCACGGCCUACGUGGUCCUGACCAGCGUCAACAUCCUCAUCGGCAUCAACGGCAGCAUCUCCACCUUCGUCAUGGAGCUGUUUGGCGACCACGAGAUCGGCGGCAUCAACGACAUCCUGAAGAACGUCCUGCUGGUCUUCCCUCACUUCUGCCUCGGCCGCGGCCUCAUCGACAUGGUGAAGAACCAGGCGAUGGCCGACGCCCUCGAGAGAUUCGGUGAGAACAGGUUCCGGUCGCCCCUGGACUGGGACAUGGUGGGAAAGAACCUGUUCGCCAUGGCGGUGGAGGGCGUGGUCUUCUUCAUCAUCACCAUCCUCAUCCAGUACAGGUUCUGCAUCAAGCCCAGGCCCGUCAGCAAACUCACCAAACUGGGACCACUGGGAGAGGAGGACGAGGACGUGGCGCGUGAGAGACACCGCAUCGUCCAGGGCCUGGGACAGGGGGACAUCCUGGAGCUCCGGCAGCUCACCAAGGUGUUCAAGCGGAAGCAGAAGCCAGCGGUGGACCGGCUGUGUGUCGGGAUUCCUCCUGGAGAGUGCUUCGGUCUGCUCGGUGUGAAUGGAGCUGGGAAAACCACAACCUUCAAGAUGCUGACAGGAGACACCCUGGUGACCAGCGGAGAGGCCUUCCUGGCCGGCAAGAGCAUCCUGCGGGAGAUCGAGGACGUCCACCGGAACAUGGGCUACUGCCCUCAGUUUGACGCCAUCAACGAGCUGCUGACAGGAAGAGAGCACCUGGAGCUGUACGCCAUCCUCAGAGGCGUCCCAGAGGGGGAGGUCUGCGAUGUGGCGGAGUGGGGCAUCAGGAAGCUGAGUCUGCUGAAGUACGCCGAUAAGAGAGCAGGAAGCUACAGCGGGGGAAACCUGAGGAAGCUGUCCACUGCCAUUUCUCUGAUUGGAGCGCCCCCUGUGGUCUUCCUGGACGAGCCGACCACAGGGAUGGACCCCAGGGCCCGACGGGCCCUUUGGAACUGCAUCCACAGCGUCAUCAAGGAGGGCCGCUCCAUCGUCCUCACCUCACACAGCAUGGAGGAGUGUGAGGCUCUCUGCACCAGGAUGGCCAUCAUGGUGAACGGCAGGUUCCGAUGUCUCGGCAGCGUCCAACACCUGAAGAACAGGUUCGGGGACGGCUACACCAUCAUCCUGCGGGUGGCGGGGCCCGACCCGGACCUGCGUCCCGUCAUGAAGUUCAUCGAGAGCGAGCUGAGCGGCAGCACGCUGAAGGAGAAGCAUCGCAACAUGCUGCAGUACCAGCUGCCCUCCUCACUCUCCUCGCUCGCCCACAUCUUCUCCACCUUCGCCAACAACAAGGAUGCGCUGCGGAUCGAGGAUUACUCCGUCACCCAGACCACCUUGGACCAGGUGUUUGUGAACUUUGCGAAGGACCAGAGUGACGACUACCUGUCCAAAGACGUUUCGGUGAGACGGAAGGAAGUGAUCGUCGACGUCCUGGCGCCGAGCUCCACCUGCGGUGGUGCGGAGGGCGAGAGCGUCAUGUGACACCGGGAGGCGGGACUUCACCUGGACUCGACCUGCAGCAGAGGACACGCCCCCUCCUCACCUGCGCACUGAUUCACACGGUGGUAGGCGGAGCCUCCUGCCGCCCGUCAAUGCAGUGAUUCACUGAACACUUGAACCCGAUGAAGAAUCCCAAUCAUUUCAAACUGAUCACUUUUUAUCCACUUUGAUUCCGUUCUUACUGUCCAACUUUAUUUAUAUUUGUAGCUGGAACAGAAUCAUUUAUUCUGAUGUUUUAUUUUGGUGGGAUCCAUGCUCUUUCCUGUCUUAGCAGCCAAUCAGAAACCUGAUUAUUUUAUUUUUUUAAGUGUUUUUAUAAAGAUGAUGGGAUGGAAGCAGCCAAAUACCUCAUCAGGCCUGGAAGCUGCAGGACUGAUCUGCGAUCGGAUUGGUCGCCUGACUGCAGCACUUUGUGUUCCAGACUUCAGUCUGUUUGCACUGGUUCUGAUCCGGUUCUGAUCCGAUCAGCAUGUUGUGCUGUUGAUGGAAAAAGAGCUGUUACAGCCCAACUAGCAGAAUAAACCUCCUGAAACCUC